AAUUCACUCCAUUGAUACCGGUAAAGUAAGAAGAGUCCUUUUUUUUCGAUUAUGCAUUUCUAUAGUCCGUUACGAGCGACUCUGCUCCUAGCAGCAGGAAUCCAGGAGGUGUAUGCACAACAAUCCGCGUGGGGUCAAUGUAAGUUAGAUUUAUGAAAAGAAGAGAUAUCUUAGAUAUAACUAAUAAAUUCGGGAAUGUAGGCGGAGGAACAGGUUGGGCUGGUGCAACUACCUGCGUUUCGGGUUAUGUGUGUACUUAUUCUAAGUAAGACUUUCUUUUAUCCCAAUUCGUUCCAUGUCCAUUUUCCGAAGCUUCAUUGCACUGUCUCGCUCCUCGAUCUUUGCUAAUUCUGCAACAGUUCCUGUAAGCCAGAGCAUUCUCAUCCCAUGUUCUAGCUUCCGCUUAUCACUUCAUUCAAAAGACUAUUCCCAAUGUCUCCCUGGUACCGCAUUAUCCUCAACGGGUAUAACCACAUCCGGGACAGCAACUUCCGGUACACCAACCACGACAGUCCCUGCGACCACUACUGGUGCAGCCUCAUACCCAGGAGUGACACUCCAGAGUGGCUACUAUUGGAUUCGCGCUGUUGAAUCACCAAACUUCCAGUUCGUAUACCUCCAUUUCCCCCGCCUGUAACAUUCAUAUCAGACUAGAGAUGACGGAGAAGUUGACCACAUGUGUCGUAGUUCGUAUCUCCAAGCCUCACCGACUGGCAAACCCGGCACAGCCCUCCUAGCCGACAGAUCAACUGCGGGCCAAUACCAAAUCGUUUCCGGCCAACUAGUCCAGCUAGUAGCACCCAAUACUUUCCUCUAUGCAAACGUCCAACCACCUGCGAAUUCCUCUGCCGUUAAAUUAUCCAUGACGUUCAAUACAACCCAAAACACAUUUGGUACAUUUGCGUUUAGUGGAGAUGCCGUAACAUGGAGUGUAGCUAGCAUUAGUAGGCCAAAUUUGAGUGCGUGGUUGGUUUGUGGCGCUCAGGAGUUGUGGAUAAACUUGGGCAAUUAUGCAUAUUUGACGCCAACCGGAUGUGUAGAUGAGACGAUCCACUAUUUCAAUGGAGCGACUGUAGAUUAAGGAGCUGAGGAGGCAAAAACAGCAGGAUUUUAAGGAGCUACGCGUGAAAAUUCGAUUUUAUAUUGUGGUUGUACAUACCUUGAUGGUUUAUAGAUACAUGAAUGCUUAAACCGGCACCGAAACCCUAGACC